AUGGGCUGCUUUCACUCUAAGAACCUUAGAAAUUAUCCCGGUUAUGAGGAGCCUUCGGUUCUUGCUGCCGAAACGCCUUUCACAGUUAGUGAAGUCGGGGCUUUGCACGAACUGUUUAAGAAAAUUAGCAGUUCAAUAAUCGAUGAUGGACUCAUCCAUAAGGAAGAAUUCCAGCUAGCACUAUUUAGGAAUAAGAACAGGAGGAAUCUGUUUGCAGACAGGGUAUGUUAA